AACAAUUCGAGUUGACGCUUUCAAAAAUGUCAUCCUGGUACAUUUGCUCCCUGAAUAGGAACUGAGAAGGAAUACAAAAUCGGGUAAUAUUCGUACAUAAAAAUGAGUGUUAAAGAGAAUUUGGCCCUGCAGCUGGCGGAGCCGCAGCUGGCCAAGCUGACCAGCGAUUCGGAGGAGAUUCGCUUGCGCGCGCUCGAGCAGAUUGAGACGCGGUUCAUCCGGUGUUUGCAACUGGGUGAGCGCAUUCAAUUUAAGCCGGUGCUACUUCUGAAGCAACUCAUCCGCUGGUUCGGGCAUACGCCUCCAUUGGCCGCAGAUCGGGUGCUGGCCAUGAUUUUGGAGCUGUUGCGGUCCGAGUACGGCGAGGCUGUAAUCCGCAAGAUUCCCUACGAACGCUUAAAGACCGAACUGGAGAAGGUUCGCCGUGUGCUACGUGACUUGGAGUCCAGACGUAUUACCGAGCUGAUGGACGACCUGCAGUUGUUGCUUCUCGAAAAGUAUAAAAUGGACCUGGUAACGCCGUGUGCCUCCAGUCUUAGUUCGAUCAACCUUACCAGCCAGGGAACGGAAUACUCUGCAAGCAGCAUCUCACAAAUUCAAGGCAGUUUCUCGUCGGAGGACUACGAGCCCGCUUGGACGCGUCCAGGGCUGGACGAUGUAGCGAGCAUGACAAGCUUGACCGAUAUGCUGCGCGAUAGCGGCACCGAUGUUCUUGAGUUGCAAGUCCAGCUUAACCAUCUGAUCAUCCGUAUGGGUGACUACCCGGCCGAGUACUUCCUGCAGCCACCUUAUAUAUAUUUGCAUUUGUUACAACUGCAAACGAGGGAAGAUGGCUGUUUACUGCACGUUAACCGUGUACUUAUUGCCUUUUUAAAGCAACUUCAGCGCCGCAUUGAUGUGCGCAAUAAUACCAUGACCUAUGCUGCCAGCUUGGAUCCUCCUGGCACGCGCUCCAAGCAGCUGAAAGUGGGCAGCGCCUUGAAGAUUCUCCUGACCAAUUGCACGAAAAUAAUCUCGUCUCUGCUGCUCCGCUGUACGAGCGACAACUGGCAUAUCUUGGAGCUAAGCGUUGAAGCCGUCCGUACCUAUGAUGUUCUCAACUCAUGGGUUUGUCCCCAGGCCGUUUUUCGAUUCUCAACCAUAGUUAAGAAGCUACUCGGCUACUGCAAUAGUGUGGAUGGCAGUGACAUGACCAAGCUCGUGGACAUGCUGAUAGUUCCCCGGUUGCAUUCACUGAUCUUCAACGGCCUGCUGCAGGACACUGUUGCCCUGAAUCUCACUUAUGACAAAAACAUUGAUCGACAAAACGCGAAAGCACUUAUCCAGCCCAUAAUUUUGGACAGCUCAUAUUUGGUUUGCGUUCCCGAUCGUAUGAAGUCCUUAAGCAGUUUAAUCUGCGCUCUGUCUUCAGAACCGUCUGCCGAGGAGCAGCAGCUAAUCAAGCUAAAGAGAGCCUACAGUGUUGCAUUAAACCAAUUCAAUCCAAAAACAAAAAUGGCUGCGGCGCAGCUAAUACAAAUGCACACCCAAGUGUGCUUAGUGGUCGACCAACUGGGAAGUCCAACGCUGAUAAAACAGCUCUUCGACGCUAUUGUAGAGUGCACGCCUCUCUACGCGGGCAAUCCACAGCUGCGAAACGAUGCAGAGUCCCUACUGUACACUUUGAUUGAUUUGCCUGAUCAACAUCUUCGUGGAUUCGUAUACCGGUUGAUGCCACGACCCGUCGUGUCACACUUUCAUGCCUUUAUGAAUAAGACUGUUUAUAUGACGGGAUGCAACAAUUUGGAACUGGCCCGCCUGCAUAUAUUAGGACUACCACUGAACUCCCAGAUACUGCGCAGGAUAAUCCUCCAGAGUUGGGAGGAUGAUGCUCCGGAACAGGUCCGGCAGUGGUGUGUUGACUAUCCCACAAUGCUCCUUAAGUUAAACUGCGUUCUAGGGGCGCAGGACUUCAAUAUAGUGUUCCAACUAAUUCUCCCCGUGCUACCCUUGCUCAUAUGCAGGUCAAUUACUCACAAGCAAUUGCAUCAGGUGGUAUGGGAUUUGUUUGAGCCAGACACCAGCAACUUGGAUUCACCAUUGAUGCUGCGUGGCUACGUUUAUUACAUGUUCCAUCCAAUUCCCCAGAUGAGGAGCGAAGCUACCACAAGGAUCGCUUACGUGCUACAGUGUCAAGACUACACGAACAAAUAUAAGCCAACCAUGGAUCGUGUUCCGAUUGAGCUGCUUGCCAAUGAUCUCUGCCUGAUCCAACCACCAAUCAGCUAUAAAAGCAUUUUUAAUGAGUGCUCUGCGAAACCGUUUAUGGGGCAGCGUAGCUUGGAUGCCCUGAUCGGAUUGCUGCAGACCAAAGAUUUGAGGCCCACCAUCCGGAAGUCGACAAUGACUCAAUUAAAUGUGUUGCUGCAAAACUGGAAAGCAUGCGAGGAUUUCUCCACAAAAGAAGAUGGAUAUCGUCUUAUCUUAGAGUCGCUGCACAAUGCUCUUAAGAAGGAGAGCGCCAACGACCCCGCAGAUAUUCUUCUGCCUGCAGUCAGUAUCCUAAUGAAGUUGCUUUUCCAUAAUGCUGGAUUUCGGAAGGAGAUUGGAAACACUUUUGAAGUAUACGUGUGCUUGCUGCGUGCGCUAUUUAUGCUUCCCCAUGAGGCACAAUUGCGGCAAGAUGUUAGUCUCUGCCUGUUCCAAAUGUUGUUCCACAAUUUCAUCACCUCCACGGAGGAAAAACUUGUGAUGGAGAUAGAAUUGGGUACUAUGAUUCUGCCUGUAACAUACGAAGUGGAAGCUACUGUAAUACCAACUUCUACUUCGGAAGGAUUGAUUUUACAGCAAAAAUUGCAAGAAACCCAUUUUGGAGGAGAUACAGUAAGAGCUGCUCAGCAUUGGCGUCUGUAUACAGCCCAUCGCGUUUGUAAGUGCCCAUCCAACAUCACUUUGGACUCUGUGAGAGAUUUGGACAUAAGGGAGUCUCUUAAGAUAAAAGUGGCUGACUUGGCGUUAAUGCAGUCAUCCGACUUAGACUUGCAGCUAGGUCAGCAGCUUACAUCAGCCUGUAACUGCAGCAACCACGAGGAUCUACAAUUUGUCGUGCAGAUUAUUCAGUUAUACCUUGUGCUCCUACGCAGCUCGAUUAGCCAGUCGGUGGGUGAGAAGUUGUGGAAGUUGAUCCACAAGUAUAUUCGUUUAGCGCCGGGCAACGAUGCAGAUAGUGAGCUUUACAAGUCUCUGUUGGAACUGUGUCUCACUUGCCUACGUUUUUUCCAGCCGCAAGUUAUGACUGGACUAAGCAAAGCCCUCGAAACGGAUCAUCAUCACAGUUUCCACCUAUACCUUCACGAUCGCCUUGUUUCGCUCGAAACGCUCCACCUGAUUAGCCAGUGCUUAGUACAUCUGCUAUCCACUGAGUACCGUGGUGUCGAGAUGAACUGGCAUGGCAAGAUGUUUAUGCAACUGAGUACGUUGGCCAAGACGCACUUUGAGCUGCGCCAGCUCCAGCACGUGCGCUGCAUGCUCCGCAUUCUCCGGAGUCUUAGUGACAGAGAUUUAAAAUUCAGUGAAACUCAGUUGACGAACUAUUAUCAGCACUUCAUACAGUUGUCCAGUGAUUUAAGAACCUCGACGCAGACCGGUGCCCAGUGGCAGCGAGAUUGUCUGCACAUCAUCUGUCAGCUUCAUAUGCACCAAAUUCGUUUUCCUGCUAAGUCGAAUGCCAUGAAUGAAGUGCGAGUCACGCAGAAGGUACUGCGCUACUUGCUUGGCCUUUGCGGGCAUAGCGAUGGGGAAGUUCGCGCCUUAGCCUGGGUUGCGAUGGCCAAUUGGAUAACCAGCUGUGGUCCUAGCAUGGCAAACAUUUUGCCCCGUCUGGACUUUCUGCCUGGCGGAUUGCCAGCUUGCUGUCUGACUACACUCUUGGAUGUCCACGAAUUGAUGCUGGUCAGGGAGUUGUGCGGACGCGUAUUUGUUCUUUUGAUGCCGAUUAUUGGCGCUGAGACUAGCAUCGAAAUGUUGCGAAUUCAUGACUUCCUAAAAGAUGCUAGCAAUGCCCUAAAAGCCAUACGCCUAUCUCCGUGGGUAGAUAAUGAGCAGGUUGGAGAGCAGCAUUCGUGUGAAAUAAUUGGCUGUUACGUUGCCAUCUGUGCUAAGAUGGUGGUCAUCAAACCCGAGUGGUGUGCUACGUUGUGCCAGCAUAGUUUUAUGAACGGUCUCAGUGAUAUAAUAAAGAUGCCUCCGCCCUCAGUCAUCGUUUCCACGUCCUUCGUAGAACUGUGUGCAGGACAAAUAUGUGAGUUGUACUCCUUGUGCUAUCGUGAUAACUUUGAGUUCCUUCAGAGGACAAUAUGUAGGGACUCCGUUCUAAUACAAAGUUAUUUGGCCAUUAUUAACGAUAUAUUGGAUCUUGAUUGUCCCGAGCGUCUGCUGGUUCAAUCAUUUAAGCUAUUUUUAAUAUUCUGCAAGGACUCCAAUUCGAACGCCCUCCUUGUCGAGCAGCUGAAGAAACAACCAGCCUUAUUUCUGGAUUUCUUCCUGUAUGGACUGCAUUUGUCAUAUAUAAAUACUCCGUUUCAGCGGUAUACCCUUUCAUCUUUAUCAAUGGUAUUCAUUAAAGCACAAAGCGCUCCAGAAAAAGAGAACUUGUUAAGGGAAUUGGAAUUAUAUAUAUUGCCACUGGAUGAUAUUUUACCCUCUGAGGAAGAAGAUUUGGUGCUGAAUGGCAAACACGAAAUAAUUUCCAUGAACAAGCAACUCAUAUCGAUUUGCAUGCAGAGUCCACCGGCAAAUCUAGACGGCGAUGACGAUAGCCUAACAACUGCUGUCAAAACCACCAAUGCUGCUGUCUUGAUUUACCACCGCCUGGAUCGGCUCUUUGACCAUUAUUAUCCGGCCAAAACAUUCAACUUUUUGGAAACUCCUGGCACAGGUCAUGUGCAAAUUUGUGAAGCGCUUGGCGGAUUGCUAAAGCUUUCACCCUGGGCUGUUCAUACGGCCGGACAACUAAAGCUACUGGACAGAGUAGUUAUACUUUUGGAUACCUUUAUCAACGACUCUAGCAUCGGAAACGCCUGCGUGUAUGUAAAGCGAGUCGGAGCUCACAAGUCACAACCUAUUUUGAGCAAUUUAUUGGUCCUGAUCAACUUGUUGUCCCAAUGGCACAGUUCUCAUCAUGCUGUGAUCAGCCAGCCCACUAUGACUACUAAAAUAGUCCGACUUCUCAUCCGUAUUUGGCCUUGGUUGUCACAUUCUCAACACUUAAAGAAGAUCACCGUUCAACUUACCAUGUUCCUAACGGAGUACUCCUUCGAGAUGUGUAAACAGACUUCACUGCUCCAUUCCGGACAGUCGCAUUCCCUGCUUCAACUGAUGGUUCGCGUUGCUGAUUUCGAGACCACCAAGAAGGAAGCACCCAAUAAAGAUCCCAACAGAGAGCCUAAUCUUAAUAUGGUGCCCGCAUUGAGAGUUAUGGGAAACUGCUGUUCCUGUGCCGAGGGUCGACUGAGUCUCUCCAAAAUGCAUGUGCUGGACAUGUUUGACACGAUUCUUCCGCCAAAUCCAACAUCCAUUCAGGCCGCCAAAAUUCGACCAUCUGUUUUAAACGCUUGGCUCGGAUUUUGGGAGGUAUAUUCACGUUACGAUGUGGGAGCUAAAGUUAGCCAUCUUCAAUCCCUUAUUAACACCAUUCGACGCACACCGCCAUUGAACAAGAAGAGAAUCCUGUGCCUUCGUAUUCUUCGUAACAUGUGCUUUUUUAAUGGCAAUCGCAGUCAGCUCGUGGAAGUGGCUGACUUUAUAAACCUACUGCGUGAUAUUGUGAUACAACCAGUUCACAAAGGACAACCAUCUGACGAAAAUCAAUUGAGCUCGUUUGAAGAACAUCGGCUGGCUGUCCUGAUGCUGUGGAAACUCUUCGGCUUUGGGGCCAAAUACAAGGGCAUGCUGCGGGGCACCAAGUUGUUCAAACUGCUAAUUGGUCUCCGAGUGGAGUUGUCAGUGUUUCUUUCGGAAAACCCGAAAAAAUACCUCGACGUUCCCUAUGCCAAAGAUCUCGCCGAGUUGCUGGAAAAUUUUAUGGAGUCGAUGCGACAAUAAACAUAGACAAUGGACAUAAACUGACCAAGUACAAAUUACUAAGAUAGCUAUAAAAAAAUAUUUUUUUUAUAAUAUGUGGCUUUUGUAAAAGACUUUUAAUUAAACAUAAACUUAAAUGUAAUGCUGAGUCUUAAAGAAUUUACACUUAGAAUUCACAAUGUCCUUAUAUGAUUAAAAUAAAUAUUCUAGCAUUACCAGGUUUUUGAAC